AUGCUCAUCAUACCAACGGUCCACCUCGUCUACGCGCCCGUCGUGGCCCUCGCCGCCGUCUUCGCCCACGUGACCCACAAAAAGGGCCCCUCCUCGGGUCGCGGCGUCGGCUCCCUCGACGUCGCGCGGCUGGCGUUCGCCGUCGCGGCGCUGAUCGUCCGCGUCGCGUCCGUCGUCUGCUUCCCGCGCGGCGACGGCGUCGCCGCGGCCUUUGGCGGCGGCGGCGCCAGGGCCGCGUGGCUCGCGCGCGGCGUCGCGGCGGCGGGCGCGUGCGCGCUGUGCGGCCUCCUCGGCUUCGACGAGGCGCGGCGCGGCCUGCGCGAGGCCACGGCCACGCGCCUCGCCUGGCUGGCCGUCGCCUCCUCCGCGAUCUGGGAGGCCGCCGUCUUCCGCGGGACGCCGGCGGCCGCGCGGUACGUGGCCGUCGCCUACGCGGCGGCGGCGUUCGUCGGAUUCGCGCUCUACGCGCUGGUCAACGCGGGCGCGCGGCGCGGCGCGCCGCGCGGCAAGCUCGCGACGACGGACUACGCGCUCCUGGAGGAUUCGGACGGGGAGGAGGACGUCGAGUCGCCGGAGGACGCCGCGGGCUUCCUCUCCGCGAUCUCGUUCGCGUGGAUGAGCCCGCUGCUCGCGACGGGCUACGAGCGGCCCCUGGAGAGCGACGACCUCUUCCCGCUGACGCGCGACGACGACCCGGCGCGCGUCGCCGGGAAGCUGCGCGCCGAGCUCGCGAAGAGAGGGGGCACGGAGCAGCCCAGGGUGCCGCUGCUCGGCGCCUUGUGCGGCGCGUUCGGCCCCUACUUCCUGGGCGGCGGCGUCUUCAAGCUCGUCUACGACACGACGCAGCUCGCCGUGCCCGUGCUCCUGUCGCGGCUGCUCAAGGCGCUGGCCGACGACCACGCGCUCGCGUACCGGCUCGCGGCCGCGCUGACGAUCAACGCCGUCGUCGCGACGGCGUUCCUGCACCAGUACUUCCAGCGCACGUACCGCACGGGCAUGCGCCUGAAGUCCGCGGCGAUCUCCCUGGUCUUCGACAAGGCGCUCGUCGCGCGGACCGCGGGCGCGGAGGACGAGGGCGCGCUCGUGACGAAUUUGAUGUCCGUCGACGCGCAGCGCCUCCAGGACAACAUGACCUACAUGUUCACCAUCGUGUCCGGCGUCUACCAGAUCGUCGCGACGCUCUACCUGCUCUACGGCCAGCUCGGCCCGGCGUCCUUCGGCGGACUCGCGGUCAUGCUCAUCUUCAUGCCCGUGACGCAGCGCAUCGUGCUCGUGACGCGGGACUACCAGAAGGUCGUCCUCGAGUACAAGGACCGGCGCAUCAAGCUCCAGUCCGAGGCCCUGGCGGGCAUGAAGAUCGUGAAGCUGUACGGCUGGGAGCCGCCGCUGGGCGAGGAGCUCGACCGGCUCCGCGAGCUCGAGCUCGCGGCGCUGUGGAAGUACAAGCUCGCGGGCAUCGUGAGCCGCUGCGUGUUUUCCGUCGUGCCCACGGUCGUCGCCGUCGCGACCUUCACGUUGUACGUGCUGACGGGCAACGAGCUCGACGUCGCGCGCGUCUACACGACGCUCGCGCUGUUCAACGUGCUCCGCUUCCCGCUCAUGAUGGUGCCCCGGGCCAUCGGGUCCGCCGUCGAGGCGGGCCUGUCGGUCGAGCGCCUGGGGACCUUCCUCGGCGCCCCCGAGGUCGUGCCGCUGCCGCCCGUCGACGGCGCGUCGAACCCGCUCCGGGACGCGUCCGCGGCCGUCUGGGCCCGCGGGGCCGACGUCGACUGGCCCGGGGCCGCCGCGACGCCCUUGCUCCGCGGCGUGGACCUCGAGGUGCCCCGCGGCGCGCUCUGCGCCGUCGUGGGGGAGACGGGCGCGGGCAAGUCGGGCCUGCUCGCGUCGCUCCUCGGCGAGACCGUCUGCGCGCGCGGGUCCCUGGGCGUCGAGGGGUCCGUGGCCUACGCGGCGCAGUCGGCGUGGAUCCAGAACGCGACGCUCCGCGCCAACGUGCUCUUCGGCCAGCCCAUGGACCGCGCGCGCUACGACGAGGCGAUCCGCCGGUGCUCGCUGACGGCGGAUUUGGCCGCGCUCGCGGACGGCGAUCUGACGGAGAUCGGCGAGAAGGGGCUGACCCUGAGCGGCGGCCAGAAGCAGCGCGUCGCCCUCGCGCGGGCCUUCUACGCGGACGCGGACGUCUACCUGCUCGACGACUGCUUGAGCGCCGUCGACGCGCACGUCGCCGCGGCUUUGUUCGACGACCUCGUGCUGCACCUGCGCGACCAGCUGCGCCGCACGGUCGUCCUCGUGACGCACAACCUGUCGACGCUGCGCAAGUGCGACGCCGUCGUGUGCCUCGGCGCGGGCUCGAGAACGGUGGACUACGCGGGCCCGCCGGAGGGCUUCCUCGACCUCGGCCGCGCGGACCCGGAGCGCUACCCGCUCGCGGCCAUCGCCGCGCGGCAGAAGCGGUCGACGAGCGGCGAACACCUCAGCGCCCUCGCGGGCGACGAGGCCGAGGCCAAGGAGCAGGACAAGGCCACGACGCUGGACGCGGAGAAGAAGCCGCCGCGCGCGACCGCGGCGGAGCAGCGCGAGAAGGGCACGAUCUCCGCGGCGACGCGCCGCACCUACCUUAUGGCCACGGGCGGGUCGGCCAUGGCGUUGUUGGUGGUCUGCGCGCAGGUCGUCUACCAGGCGUCGCAGGUCGUAGGAUCCUGGUGGCUCGGCUACUGGGCCGCGCGGCCCCAGCUCGGCUCGGCUCUCGGUCUGGAGGUCUACGUCGGUUUGUCGGCCGUCGCCGUCGCGCUGUCCGUCGUCGCCUACUACGUCGCGUCGCUGCUGGGCCAGCGCGCCGCGCGGAAGCUCCACGCGUCGCUGUUGUCGGGGCUUUUGAAGGCGCCCAUGGCCUUCUUCGACGGCACGCCCACGGGGCGCCUCGUGAAUCUGUUCUCCAAGGAUCUCUACACCAUCGACGAGGAACUGCCCGUGACCAUCGCCAUGUGGCUCAUGGUCGCGACGAGUUGCGUCGCGACGAUGGCGACGAUCGCGUUCGCCACUCCGUGGUUCCUCGCGGUCUGCCUGCCGCUGGGCGUCGUCUACUUCGGGACCAUGAAAUAUUUUAUUCCCUCGGUCCGCGAGCUCAAGCGGUUGGAUGCGACGUCCCGGUCGCCGGUCUUCGUGGCCUUCGGCGAAGCUCUGGACGGCGCGUCGACGAUCCGCGCGUUCCGCGCCGAAAAGCGCUUCGCGGCGGACCAGGGCGCGAAGCUGCGCAAGAACUUACGGGCCUACUUCCUCGGCACGGCCUGCAACCGCUGGCUCGCGGUACGUUUGGAGGCCAUCGGGACGCUGACGACCGGCGCGGCGGCGUUUCUGGCCGUUGCGACGGACGCGAAGCCCUAUCUGGCGGGCCUGUCGCUGACCUACGCGCUGAGCGUGACCCAGUCCCUCAAUUGGUUCGUGCGCACGAACGCGGACCUCGAGAACAACUCCGUCGCCGUGGAGCGCGUCGUCAACUGCGCCGACACGGCGCCGGAGGCCGACGGCCACGCGGGCCCGCCCGACGGCUGGCCCUCGAAGGGCGACGUGACCGUGACGAACCUGCAGCUGCGCUACCGGCCCGAGCUGCCCCUCGUGCUCAAGGGCCUGAACUUCGCCGUGGACGGCGGCACGAAGCUCGCGCUCGUGGGCCGCACGGGCUCCGGCAAGUCGUCGUUCCUCCUCGCGCUCCUCCGCCUCGCGCCGCCCGCGCCGGGCUCGAAGCUCGUCCUCGACGGCGUCGACGUGCUCAGCGUCAAGCUCGCGGACCUGCGCACGCGCGUGUCCAUGAUCCCCCAGGACCCCGUGCUCUUCUCGGGCACGGUCCGCUUCAACGUCGACCCGUUCGCGGCCGCGGCGGACGGCGACGUCCGCGACGCGCUCCGCGACGCGCGCCUCGACGACAAGCUCGCGGGCGACGACCCCCUGGGGGCGCCCGUCGAGGAGGGCGGCCGCAACUUCUCCCUCGGCGAGCGCCAGCUCCUCUGCCUCGCGCGCGCGUGCCUCCGGAAGUCGAAGCUGUUGCUCCUCGACGAGGCGACGUCCGCGGUCGACGAGGCCCUCGACGAGGCCGUCCAGCUCGCCAUCCGCGCCAACUUCAAGCACUCGACGGUCAUCUGCAUCGCCCACCGCAUCAACACCAUCGCGGACUACGACCGCGUCCUCGUCCUCGACGACGGCAACGUCGUCGAGGACGGCGCGCCGGCCGCGCUCAUGGCCGACCCGGCGUCCAAGUUCGCCCAGCUCGCCGCCGCCCACGACGAGGGCGUCUAG